GGUUCUUGCUCCACCCUCGCCCUCUCCCUUGCACGCUUACUCGCGUGGUACUGCCCACACCUUUAGAGCGGCGGCGCGAGCGGACGCCCGUCGCGUUCCUCCGCCUGAGCUCGCCUGGCUGCUCCCCCUCGGGUGUGCGCUUGGUACGGCCCGCGCCGCCUCUCUCUCCCUUGCUGGGGUGGCUGCCCCCCCCCCCUUGGGUCGGCGGCGCUUGGUGCCGCCCGGGAGAACCAGGUCAUCGGUCGGUUUCCGUGAAAACAAAAACAAUCGGCGGCGCUGCGGCGGGCAGCAGAACGCGGCGAGUGAGGACCAGGGUCGCAGGGCCGGGUGGGGAGAGCGAGCGGGAGCGGCGGCGACUCUCCGGGGGCCGGGGGGGCAUGGGGCAGGCGGGCACUGGCUGCGCGGGGCUCCCCCGGCGCCGCGGCUAGCGCGCCCGCUGCCUCAGCCGCCUCAGCCGCCCGCGCCGCCCGCCUGGGGGACGAGGAGCAGGACGCGGCCUCGGCCGGGCCCGGGCCGAACGGCUGCGGACACCCGGGCGCCGGGGAGCCUAGCGCCGCCGCCGCCUCCGGGAUGGAUCAGUGCGUGACGGUGGAGCGCGAGCUGGAGAAGGUGCUGCACAAGUUCUCGGGCUACGGGCAGCUGUGCGAGCGCGGCCUGGAGGAGCUCAUCGACUACACCGGCGGCCUCAAGCACGAGAUCCUGCAGAGCCACGGCCAAGAUGCUGAAUUAUCAGGGACACUUUCACUUGUUUUGACACAAUGCUGUAAAAGAAUAAAGGAUACUGUUCAGAAAUUGGCCUCAGACCACAAAGACAUCCACAGCAGUGUUUCGCGUGUUGGAAAAGCCAUUGAUAAGAAUUUCGAUUCUGACAUUAGCAGUGUGGGAAUAGACGGCUGCUGGCAGGCAGACAGUCAGAGGCUUCUCAAUGAGGUGAUGGUGGAGCACUUCUUUCGACAAGGAAUGCUGGAUGUAGCUGAGGAGCUCUGCCAGGAAUCUGGUCUUUCUGUAGAUCCAAGUCAGAAAGAACCGUUUGUGGAGUUAAAUAGAAUUUUAGAAGCAUUAAAAGUCAGAGUUCUGAGACCUGCUCUGGAAUGGGCAGUAUCAAACCGAGAAAUGCUCAUAGCCCAGAACAGUUCCUUGGAAUUUAAACUACACAGACUGUAUUUUAUUAGCUUGUUAAUGGGUGGAACUACAAAUCAGCGAGAAGCAUUACAAUAUGCUAAAAAUUUUCAGCCAUUUGCCCUAAAUCAUCAAAAAGACAUUCAGGUUUUGAUGGGCAGCCUUGUGUACCUGAGACAGGGGAUUGAGAACUCACCAUAUGUUCACCUACUUGAUGCAAACCAAUGGGCUGACAUCUGCGACAUCUUCACUCGGGAUGCCUGUGCCCUCCUGGGGCUCUCGGUGGAGUCCCCACUCAGCGUCAGUUUCUCAGCAGGUUGUGUGGCGCUGCCAGCUUUAAUUAAUAUCAAAGCUGUGAUAGAACAGAGGCAGUGCACUGGAGUCUGGAACCAGAAGGAUGAAUUACCUAUUGAAGUGGACCUUGGUAAAAAGUGCUGGUAUCACUCUAUAUUUGCCUGUCCCAUUCUUCGUCAGCAAACAACAGAUAACAAUCCACCCAUGAAACUGGUCUGUGGUCAUAUUAUAUCAAGAGAUGCCCUGAAUAAAAUGUUUAAUGGUAGCAAAUUAAAAUGUCCAUAUUGUCCAAUGGAACAAAGUCCAGGAGAUGCCAAACAGAUAUUUUUCUGAAGAAAUAACUUUAAUUUGCAAUUUGAAGAAAACUGUGAUAGAUUUCCCAGUUUGCUUUUUGAUGUUUUCCUCUGCUCCAGCUCUUCCCGAGAAGUUAGCAGACCUGCAUUUGAGCUCUGCGUGCAGCCCCAGGGGGCUGCCUGUUUCUGAUUCCAUCAUGAAUUUAGCAGGUUGGUGUGAGAAGUCUUCCACUAGAACAGAGUGGAAGAAACUAUUGUUUCUUUGCUUUUAUUGCCAAGAGGUGCUUGUUUUAAAAGUGUGUUCAAUAAAAUGAAAUUCUGAAGUUAGAGGUGUUCUUAAGUUAAUAUUUGCUCUCUUGGUAGCCCUAUUCUCAGAAAUCUGCCUUCAGGACUUGGCUGUCUGUUUCUUUAUACAUCAUUGCAGACACAGUGUUGUGUGUGUGUGUGUGUGUGUGUAUAUAUGUGCACCAGCAUCAAACAUUGUGUCCCUGGAAGGGAAGAAGCAUGUUCCAGUCCUCAAAUGCAGUUACCAGAGUCAUUACUUUAAAUCCUUAAAGUUAGAAGUUAGCAUAUUUUCUGUAGUGCAGGAUAUGUUUAUUGCUGUUUUUGUAUUUGAAUAGUAUACUGUUCAAUGCCUCUCUUCUGCAAAGUGUAUCAUCUCAUUGACUGUGAAUCUGUAUAUUAUUCUAAUGAAUACAGAUAAUGACCUUUUCUCUUGUGAGGUAUCUUUGUUUAAUGCACUGUCCAGAAAUAGCCAUGUGUAAGAGUCUUUUUCUAUAUGAUGAACGAACUACAUGGAAAGGACUUCUGUGGACAUACUUCUGACUUAAGCGUGUUAAGUCACUUCAUCGUGAGAAGAAUGUUCUUUGGAAAUCACCAAAUGUUUUGCAACUUGAUUUCAUCUGACAUGGAACUGAACGUCAAUAUAGGAAAACUUUGAUGAGAAAAUGAAGGAAGAAGAAAACACACAAGUAAAGAGGACCAGGACACUUUGUGUUUUAAACUGCAGAUUGGUUUCUUCUGCAGGGAGGGAGACAACAGGUUUGGUGCUGAGUUCAUUGGGAAGUGUCCGCCAUUUGCAGUAGUGUACCAGCCCAUACCGGACCAGGCGGUUUGUCCUGAAAUGUCUGUCUGGGAGGGCAGGGGCACGCCUAAAGCAAAGGGGUACCUGCAGGAGAAGCCUGCUCGACUGCUGUGUGUGGUCAGGCUUCCGGGUGACUGCUGUGGCAGCGUUAGGUUAGCCAGGCACGGUGCUUGCUCUGUCCAACUUCAGUCUUGGCCCUGCUGGGACCUCAGCCAUGUAAAGUUUCUGCUUUCCUAUUGGAACCCUCCCUAAAGUUUCCCCUCUCUCUGGUAAAGAAGUGAAGAGAGAAACUCAUUGGACUCCGUAAGAGAAAGUAGAGAAUUCCAGGCAACUCUGGCUGAGGAUGUAAAACAGGUAUUUUCCUUUGAAUUAAAAUCCAGAAGUUUUUUUGUUUGUUUGUUUUGCUUUUUUACUUUUUUUUUCUCACUAGGCCAGAUUUAGCUUUACUCACCACUCUUAUUCUCACCUUUCCACCUGAAACACUUAGGAAACAUUUAGGCUUCACAUAAGAUUUGUACAGUGUAGAUAGAUGUUGCUCUGGAGGCUGGUGGUAAAUAUUUUAGGGGGCCACACGCUUCACAUAGUUGGCUAAGGCCACUUUUAAGGACAAAGUGCUCUGUUCCUCUCCCUGUGUUGGGAAUCCUGUUGACAGUUUCCUGUGUAAGGCCUUUAAUGGCCCUACGGGGCAGGGUGGGGCCAGAAAUUUGAAACUCUUGAUUUGACAUGAAAAUUAUGUCUUGUGACCUUUAACUAAAGGCAUGCACUUAAAAACAUUGGUGACUAAAUGGGAAGGAGAGGCGGAUGUGACAAGGCCAGACCUUAACCAAAGAUGCUGAAAUACAACAUGUGGUCCUUUCUGCUCUGGAAACCCCUUUGCCAGUGGCUGCAGGACCUUACUGCACGGCUGUUAGUCAGCAGUGCAGGAGGGGCUCUUCGCCACACUCUGCCUCCGUUUGCAGAAGGCCAUGGCAGAGCCAAGGGUGUUCUUCUGGUCAGACUAAUUAUAAUAAUAUACACCGGAAACAGAAUUGCAGAGUGGUUUCCUCAAUUUUUAGGGACCAUUCCAUUUAUCAGUCACGGACAAAGGCCAUGGGACUAUGCGAAACCAAGAAGACCUUAUUAGAACCUUAGAAUAUGAUUUAGCCAGAGCGUCUGUGCUUUCAAGCACAGCCUGAAGUACAGCGGCUAAGUGUCUUUCAAUCUUUUUUCUCCUUUGUGCGAUCAUCACAAAUGCCAUUUCUGUCAUUUUGGUGGUGAUUCUGUGAGACUUCUAAUACAUAAGUGAACGGGUAUUGGUGCCUCUUGAUUUUAAAAAUGUUAAAGAGCCACCUCAUAUUCAUAGGGUGUGUGAGUAUUUUGUGAGUGUAUGAGCUUUUAACUGAAAAUAAGAAAGUUAUGGAGUUAAUCUUUUGAUUUUUUUUUUUUUUUUCUAUAGCAGCUGAUGUACACAGAGACACUAAAACCCACAGCAAGUCCUGUGGGGAAUGAGGAUCCUCUUUUCUGUCCAGGCAGUCCCACAGGCCAUGUAGUUCGUUCAGUAUUCUAGAUGCUGUGAGUUCUUUCCACCUCAGUGGUUCAGCCUUUGGGACGAUAGAUACUGCAAAAACCAAGAACUCUUGGUUAUCCGCACAAGACAAGCUGCUGGUAGGCAUUAGCCCUCUGGUUUUCCAGCUCAACCUCUGAUUAGUGGACUGACAGUCGAGCUGGUCAGUUUGCUUAGUCAGCUGACUCAGGUUAUUUUCAGGGAAGGCAUGGUUUGGUUAAUUGCAUCACCAGGAUGUGUAAGGUGAAGACACAAACCAAAUACCUUUCGUUACUUAACUCUACGUACAUUAUCCUUGGUAACACUAGAAUGCCGUGGUCUUGAGUGAAUGUUAGCAAGGAAGACCCACGUAGAAGGUCUGGUGCUUCAUAAGCCUGUCCAGCCGUGGUGGGUUUUAUGUGGUACGGUAGUGUUUACCAUGAGCAGGUACAAACUUCAUGAACUGUUCUUAAUGAACUACGAUUGAAUAGAUACCAAAAAUAGAAUGACAAAUGUAUUUUAAUAGCAGAUGAGGCAGUUAGUUUUAGGGUGAGUUUUCCGCUGUUGAUUUUACUUCGGGGGGAUGGGGGAAAACAAGAGUUUUGUUUUCAAGACCUUUCCCUCUACAGUUGUAAACUGUAGUGAGCAUAUGCUUCGUAUACUUCCAAAGAGGCAAAAGCAGCUGGAAUGGGCUUACGGCACAUGCUUUGUUUCAUGUUGUGGGUGAGGCUUUCUACUCUUAUUUUAGCAGUCCCUUCACGUUCUCCAGCAAGGCAGAUGUGGGGUUCACUAGGAUUUAGUGCCUGAUCUUUUCUUUGGGGAAGGGGUGGGAGUGAAUGUACUGGGGAUGGGAGGGAAGCAGGAGUAGGUGGGAGUGUGAGUGUGUAUGCAUGUGUCUGAAAUUCACCAUUACCCCCCACCUGUGUCUAGCAAGGAACAGGUAUUUAAUGUAUUUUGCUCAUGACUGCAGUGUGCAUGUACCUUAUUUUUUCUCCUCUUCCUCCUCCUCCUCUUCCUCCGUGUUUUCUAAACUUACACUAAAAGGAUUCAUUAAAAAUCAUCUUGUUCAGAUGGCUCAGGAUUGUAUUUCUUUUGCUUACGCUGUGCUCUUGGGUUCUAUAGUAUUUCUAUAAUUAUGUAACAAAAAUAGUGUUGCACUGUAAUCUAUCAUAUAGAGCUAUAUGUAUGGAAAAUUUUGAUCAGUUUUUUAAGAAAUGUAUCCUGUUUGCAAAGGCACAAUAAAGUUGCAUCUUAUAGACUAUAGGCAAUAAAGCUAACAAUAAACCUUAUUUAACACAAACCA